ACUGCGUACAGCCACUGACAAGUCCUUGUAACCCACAGAGUGACCUCCCUUCAGGAGCUCAGCUGCCUGGAUGAUGACACUUUGCUGGGGGCAAAAGGGAAUCUUGGCUCAACAUUGUCCUGACCCCCCAGGAUCCUGUCUCCGCCACCCAAGCCCUUCGUCCGGGGAGAUAAUCUGUGCCUGAGCCCACACCUCCCUCACCCGCAGCCAUGGACGCCGCUCUGCUCCUGAACGUGGAAGGGGUCAGGAAAACCAUCCUGCACGGAGGCACGGGGGAUCUCCCCAACUUCAUCACCGGGUCCCGGGUGAUCUUCCACUUCCGCACCACGAAAUGUGACGACGAGCGGACGGUGAUAGACGACAGCAAGCGCGUGGGCCACCCCAUGCACAUUAUCAUCGGGAACAUGUUCAAGCUGGAGGUCUGGGAGGUGCUCCUGACGUCCAUGCGCAUUGGCGAGGUGGCCGAGUUCUGGUGCGACUCCAUCCACACAGGGGUCUACCCCAUCCUGUCCCGGAGCCUGCGGCAGGUGGCGGAGGGCAAGGACCCCACAGAGUGGCACGUGCACACGUGCGGGCUGGCCAACAUGUUUGCCUACAACACGCUGGGCUACGAGGACCUGGACGAGCUGCAGAAAGAGCCACAGCCUUUGAUCUUUGUGAUAGAGCUGCUGCAGGUCGAGGCCCCGAGCGAGUACCGGCGGGAGACGUGGAGCCUGAGUAACGAGGAGAAGCUGCAGGCGGUGCCCGUCCUCCACGGGGAGGGGAACCGGCUCUUCAAGCUGGGCCGAUACGAGGAGGCCUCCACCAAGUACCAGGAGGCCAUCGUGUGCCUGCGGAACCUGCAAACCAAGGAGAAGCCCUGGGAGGUGCAGUGGCUGAAGCUGGAGAAGCUGAUCAACACCCUGAUCCUCAACUACUGCCAGUGUCUGCUGAAGAAGGAGGAGUACUACGAGGUGCUGGAGCACACCAGCGACAUCCUGCGCCACCACCCAGGCAUCGUGAAGGCCUACUACGUGCGGGCCCGGGCCCACGCGGAGGUGUGGAACGAGGCGGAGGCCAGGGCGGACCUUCAGAAGGUGCUGGAGCUGGAGCCGUCCAUGCAGAAGGCGGUGCGCAGGGAGCUGAGGCUCUUGGAGAGCCGCCUGGAGGAGAAGAGGGAGGAGGAACGGCUGCGCUGCCGGAACAUGUUGGGCUAGGGCAGGGAGCGGGCCUCCGGGCCUCCCCGGCCUCCUCUGGCCUCCCCGGCCUGCCCCGGCCGCGUCCUCCCCUGACUCUUCAGCCUCCUCCGG